GAGGCUGUAUCUCCAGCACCAACGAUCAAAGAGCUUCCACGCCUCUCUCUCUCCGCGCGCAGAAACCCCGCCCGAUGUGCGGCGCAGCGGCAGCACGAUGAGUUACUACUUUGCCAUUGUCGGCACCCAGGACAAUCCCCUGUUCGAGUACGAGUUCGGCACCUCGAAGCAAGGCGGCGAUGGCCAGUCCCGCUUCACCGAGCAAGUGCGACACCUGAACCAGUUCAUCCUUCACUCGAGCCUGGAUAUCGCCGAGGAAGUCCAAUGGUCGCAUGGUCAGAUGUACCUGAAGUGCAUCGACAAAUUCUUCAACAACUACAUCUCCUGCUUCGUCACCGGCGGCAACGUCAAGUUCCUCCUGCUACAUCAGCCCACCACCCCGACCUCAACGGCAACUUCUAGAUCGUCGACCGCUAUCGGCGCCAAUCCGACGAGUCCAGCGACCGAAGAGGCAAUCAAGAUGUUCUUUACAGAAGUUUACGACAACUGGGUUAAAGCGAUUAUGAAUCCGUUUUACAAGGUGAACAUGGAAGUACGGAGUCCCAUCUUUAGAGCAAGGGUAGCAGCUGCUGGACGGAAAUACCUGUAACUAUAUACUACUACUAUGAGCGCGUAAUGCAUGCAAUUUCAAUAACACACAACAAUAAUGAUCACUUUGCAAAUCUAACUUCUUGAA